GGUGGCUAGAACGCUGUGCGGCCAUGCGAUUCGCGAGACUGGACGGAUAACUACCGGCCAGAUCACGAUAUCCGAUUUCAGGACGAUCGAAGUUCGACCUAAGCGGAUGUCCCUUCUCAUGAGAAUUCCAUUACAUAUUGGUCAAUUUCUGAGCAGUCACGGCCCUCAAUGCACAGUCAAACCACCUUCUGGCACAUGGCAAAGGUUUAUGUUGCUCUUUGGCAAGCCCGGAAUACAUGACGGAACCCGUGUCUCUUCCUCUUGAACCCAAGCUUUCGGGAUUUAAUUCAACGAACGCCUGUCCUGAUCAAUCUCGCAACUCGCCAAACUUCUUAUCCCACGUAUGCAACAUCUGAUAUUACGCCGCAGCCAUUCUUCAAGUUUAGACCGAGAAAUUCAUCAUCGCCACGAUGCCGCCCACCGAGGACAUACAGUACGCACCGCCUGGAUCGUAUCUAGCUUACAAGCGCAAUUCGAAACUCCUGCUUUGUUGGAUUGUCCGCACUGUUCAAUCAAUUAUCAAGUUUUGGGAAACGACUCGGCAACAUGAUCUUAACCUGACCUUGUUGGAAGUUCCCAGCGCUGGUCUACCAGGGCAGAAACGACCGAAAGAGUUGCUUGCUGAUUCAGCCCGAGCGGGAUUCUUUAACCGGUCCAGACUCUACAACUUUUGCAGGUUCAUUAGCCUCCAUGUGGAUGUUAUCCCACCUUCUAUUCUGGCCUUGUUCCUGCAUAUCAUCCACACAAGAGUCACUGCUCUGACUACGUGGCAGGCGCUCGCAGCCAGGCGCCCACGCCCCGAAGAGAUGGAGAAUUUCCGAACGCUUGAGACUGAUAUUCGCGCCUUUUGGGUGGCCUUCAACGGCCUCAGAGGCUUCCAUUGGAUGUCAACUUCCCCGGGAGAGUCAGAGGUCUCGUCCAUUUUGAAAUAUAACACACCGGAGACCGAAGAAGAUAUCAAUUAUUUGGUCCCCGACAGAUUUCCCAUCCGCGUUCAUCCUGAAGCUGAGAAAGGCAAGCCCGGGCGUCGCAACAAGUCAAAGACACCAGAAAACGAAGCCAAAUUCAACAAGAUCAAGGACAGUCUCCCGCCUGAUGAUUUCCCAUUAAGUCACUUUGACAUCGAUGACCCUUGCUAUACGAACGGCCGUUUCAACUCCGACGGGAACGCCUGGGGUAUGGCAGCUUACGACCUGUUCAAGGAGUUCAUGCACCUCAGAAACUUUCUCCACGAUACCUGGGUAGAGGUUGUCUUCGAUGGCCUCAACAGCACCGUGGCCGGGGCAAUUGGUAUUGCGGCCACGAAUUUGAUUGUCAAAUACCGUCACGACAGUAUUCCUGAAGAAUUAGGUUACAUCAGCAUGAUCGACUACUUAACGGGUUAUCAAAAUCCUGAUGAUUAUGUUCAACCAUUUUUUGCGUCCGUUUACCGCGUUCGUGGCGAUGGCUCAUGUUCAGGAAAGAUUGAAAAUCAGAGUGUGGAUAUGAAGGAAGAGUUCAUGAUAUACACGUUCGAAUCGCUUUUUGAAUUCCUUUCCGAUUUUCGCACCACACAAACCGGAAAGCCCACCGAGCGCAUGGCAAAGCUUCUCAAGAACUGGGAUCCCAGCGCCGACCUAAUGGUGCUUACAAAGGAAGAAUACCUACAGUGGCGCCAUCUAUAUACCAUCAAGCUUCUUUACUCGCUUUUUGACGAAUAUGUUGCCCCUAUAGUGAAGUCGAAAGAAUUCGACGGAGAUUGGGAAAAUGUCAUCUGGGGCCCAAAAGGCCCAUCCGAAGAUGACUUGAAUGGAUCAGGUUCAUAUCAGCAUAGAGCCUUCUUGUCCAGCAUCAUUAAACUUGCCAUGGAAAAACCCUCGUCCACCGGUGAAUCAACUCGACACAACAUUCAGCCUACCACAGUCUUCAUACUACAACACAUGGUGGAUUCCUUUACUGUGUCAAGGGGCUGGCUGAAUAACCCUCUCUGGGGGCCUAUUUUUGUCCAGCCGCCUUCUUCCGAUGUCUUCUUUCCCGCACGUGAUUUGGCGCUGUUCUUGGGUGUCAAGCUUGACGACUAUAUGAAUCUUGGGCCCGGGUUUUGGACUUCUUUACACUUGCUGGACGAACACCUACGUACUGGAGAGGACCAGAAAAUCGAGCAGACCAAUUUUCUAAAGCAGGCGGCUAGAAUUUGCUCCGCUGCCCUGGAGUUUCACUCCACAAGACAGGACCAAGGCACAGGUUCAAACUUCCUGUGGGGUUGCUCCCCCUUCCAUUGCGCUGAAGUCCUUGUGCAAAGCCUGACAAAUUUCGAUCAUAUCUCCAGAGUACUUUACCCUGGUUUCACGAAUGAGCCUGUACUCCUGGUACACUUGUACAAUAUGUUGGUUACUGAAGGAUACACGGAUAAGGCACCUCAGGCAUUUCUCAUCUUGAAGGGGUUUUUUGACAAUUUGUUGACUGAGGAGGCAAGGACACCGGAAUAUGGUGCCUACUACGACCGAGCCUUGAGCAACGCCCUAAAUUGUUUUAGCACGUGGUUUCCCCUUUCGGUAUUUAAUCGUCUGUACGUUCAAAACUACAGAGUUGAGAGGAUCGGACGCCUAGAGAAUCUGCAAAGGUUCAUGGAGGACACUACCGCCGGUGAAGAGAAACGGGCCAUGCAGGUUAAGGGGCAUGGCUCAAGCAACAAUCACAGAUUUAUCAUCAAAGGUGGCCGUGACCGGGCGAAGACAAUUAUGGAAGGAAUACAGGCCGUCGACUUCAAGCUCAAUGAAUUAGUUCCUGGAAAGCUGCUCGAAGGGCCGGGUGGCAGCAAGGUCGUGGUGAACUUUCGCGAUGUCCUUGAAUUGUUUAAGACCGAGGUCAUCAUCGGCGUACAUGGCAGUCAUUGCCUUGGCGCUGUGAACCGCUUGUGGGUUACUGCGCAGUCGAUUAUUCUGUUCCAUUCCAUCGAGAGACAACUGGCCGCUGCGAAGGACCCGUUGUACCUAAGCAUAUACGGAGACCCCGACACGAAGGAGGUUGAAAACUCAAAGGAGGACGAAAAUGGUGGGAAUGGAGGUGGGCGAGAGAAUGCCUUAGCUACCAAGCGUGUGCGUCUCAUAAUGCGUCUCUUGUCGCGUGAACUGAAACCGCCUGGGACGAAGACCGCGAUAGAGAUUGCCGUCAAAGCGUUUGAGGAUGAGAAGCUUACCAACUUUCCGUGCACGUACUGGGGGGAUGAGGCAGACUUGGGAAUGAAGAGCGAUGAUGGCAUAUUACAGCGUCUGGAGAAGGGGCUAGCAAGUGCAUCAUGUCCGAUCAUGUAACAUUGUCAAGGAAUCGUUCUGUAUAAUAGUGGCGAAGGCCAGCGAUGUUGUUUAAAUUGGGCUUCACAGCGAAACAAAAUUGUAAUCAAGUUCAUUUGAUAGACUUCCAUGUAUCCAAUACGCAAACAAUACACGAGCUUGUUGCGUUCCUCAUUUA